ACCACAUAAAUUAUAAGCCUGAAAACAGGAAGUAGGGGAGGGUCACAAUUAGUUUUUUAAGGCUGUGAGGCUCCACUCAGAAAGGUGGUUUGGGUAAUGUGGGUAAUGUGGGCUUCUGUGAGGGGUUCUGAUCAUUAUUAGAGAGGAUGGCAGCGGAUAAAAACAACAGGACUCGUUUGAGCGAGCCAAACCCCAAGUUCUUUUACACCAACUCCACAAGUCAUAUGGGGCCUUUCAGCGCAGUCGCUGAACUUAUAGAUAAUGCCUACAAUCAUGGUCUUGAAGACAAGGAACUGCAUAUUGACAUAAAGAUCAUCAGAAACGAAACAUGUCUGACAUUUACAGAUAAUGGAAAAGGCAUGACUCUGGAUAAGUUGCACACGAUGCUCGGUGAUAACGUAAUGGGCCAUGUUCCCAUCGGACUUUAUGGACAUGGGUUUAAGUCAGGAUCCAUGCGGCUGGGAAAAGACGCCAUUGUCUUCACCAAAAAUAAAUCUGGCAUGCAUGUGGGCAUGUUAUCCCAAUCUUACUUGGAGAAGAUCAAUGCGGAGCACGUCCUGGUCCCGAUUAUAUCGUUCGACCAGCAAGGGCAGCUUGUACAGACGCCUGAUUCAAAGGCAAAUCUAAAGGCAAUAACCACUUACUCUCUGCUGAAGAGUAAGAGAGAGCUCUUAGAAGAGCUGGAGACCAUUGCUAACCCAAACGGAACGAAUAUCAUUAUCUGGAACCUGAGCAGGGGCAAUUUUGGGUCCCCGGAAUUUGACUUUGAUUAUAAAAAUGAUGAUAUGGUGCUUACUUCAAGAAAAGACCAGACUGCCCAUAAAAGCGACUAUUCUUUGAGAGCUUACUGUAGCAUUUUGUAUCUGGAACCAAGGCUGAGGAUUAGUUUGAGAGAGGAAGAGAUUGAAACACAGGUGGUCACUAGACACCUUGCUUACACAGAAGAAGAUGUCUGCAGGCCCCAGUGUUUGGCACCUACAACCAUAAAAAUCACAUUUGGAUACAAACGCCACGACAAGGAGCAUUACGGAUUAAUGAUGUACCAUAAGAACAGGCUCAUUAAGGCUUACAAAAGAGUUGGCUGCCAAUUAGAGGGUAAUAACCAGGGAGUUGGGGUUGUUGGAAUUGUUGAGUGCGACUUUCUCAAGCUCACACACAAUAAGCAGGAUUUUGAUGAUACAAAUGAGUAUAGGCUCACCCUGUAUGAAUUAGGACUUAAGCUGAGCGAAUACUGGAAUAAACUGAAAGUAAAAAAGAAUUCUGACUCUCGAAGCCGUCGUGUGGAAGAUAAACAUAAACAUCCACGGUCUAAUGAGGACACACUUGCUAAGAAGCAAAAGCUCAGUGGAUCAAUGAGCAAUGAUGAUGGAAAUAUUACUAAAAGAAAAGAUAACACAGCUCAGCCAGAAAAUAAUCAUAAGAAAAGUGACACCAAGACCCUAAAAGGAUCUGCUGUAGCCUCGACUUCUCACUCUGUCCCUACAUGUGAGGCAGUAGCCACCCAGACUAAAAGGGCAACUUUGACAAAUAAAAAAGAAGAAUAUGGAGGCUAUGAUUGCAGCAAACAAGAAGACCAGAAGAUGCCAGGCUCACACCAAGGCCAUCACCAAGAAAGUUCUGUGGACACCACAGACAAUGAAGAAGAAAGUCUGAAGAGUUACUGUGAAAAGCUGCUUCUAAGGGUGAAAGGGCUAGAAGAAGAGAUCAUAGAACUGAGAAGCAAUCAGAUUAAGAUAGAAGUUUCUCACCAGAAGACACAGACAGAGGUCAGCCCACCAAACGAAGCCGAAUUUGCUUUGAAACAAUUGGUCGCCCAGUAUGAACAGAACUGUAAAGAAAUCAAGAGGCUGAAAGAAGAGUAUGAUGUGUUGCUAAACAUAAAAUCCGAGCCAGAUACUAUGGCUUAAAGCAUGUUUCACUGAACAGGGUCAGUACAAAAGUGAGUCUCUCAUUCAUACCACUGCCUGGUUGUUAGGGUAACUUAGACCCUAGCACCCAGAUAGCUGCCGAAAAUCCACACUGGAGAGCUGCUGAACAAAAAUCUAAGGAAUUCAGAAAACAUGAAGACCAUUUGCAAAUUGUCUCAGAAAAUCCCAAUCAACAUCAUACUAAAAGAUGAUGUAAAGCUGAACUAUAUCUUUUUAUCUGUUAUGCUUCAGAAGAACAAAUUCAAUUGUAAAAAUGUAUCUUACAUACUGGUUAUCUUAUUCAGGCUGGGCACCCAUAUAACUGCUUUGCUCUGCUAUUUAGAACAUACACUGCAACUGUGGCUGGUUAGAUAAGGUAGUACAGGUAUGGGAUCCAUUAUCCAGAAACCAGUUAUCCAGAAAGUUCAAUUACCGAAAGGCCGUCUCC